AUGGAAAAACCGAUUUUGCUAUUUGAAGAAGACUGCAGAAAAGGUUUUAACAUAUUGCUCUAUGGAAUUGGGUCAAAACAAAAAGUAUUGAAUGAAUUUUGCAAAGAUUGUUUAGAUGAUUCCAUAUAUGUUGUUAUCCAAGGUUUUUUCCCUACCAUAAACAUCAAGCAGAUUUUAAAUACAAUAACUGAAGAAGCCUUAGAAUAUCAGGGAAAAUUUUCUAAUGUCAAUGAACAAGUGCAGUAUUUAAAAAAGCGCUUCUCUAAAGGGGAUGAAAAUCUCUAUUUAAUAUUCCACAAUAUUGAUGGUAUGAGACUUCGGAAUGUAAAAAUCCAAACAACUCUUUCCUCCCUCGCAGCUGUUUCAAAUAUUCAUUUCCUGUGCAGUGUAGAUCACAUUAAUUCUCCUUUGAUAUGGAACCAAAUUAUGCUCAGUCAAUUCAAGUGGAUUUGGUUUGAUGUAUCUACUUUUGAACCCUAUGUUAUUGAAACAUCUUAUGAAGAUUCCAUAUUCAAAGAUCAGUCGUCACAUCUCCUUCUUAGCUCUCUACUUCAUGUGUACAGUAGUUUGACACCUAACAGCCAAGGAGUAUUUCGUAUUCUUGCCAAGUACCAACAAGAACAGCAAAACAGUCCUAAUUGUGGUAUUGCAUUUUAUGAAUGGUAUCAGGAAUGCAGAGAAGAAUUCUUGGUUAAUAGUGAGAUUACUAUGCAAGCUCAUUUGUCUGAAUUUAAGAAUCACAAACUAUUAACUUCUCGGAAAUCAAUUGAAGGCAUUGAGUUGUGGUAUAUUCCUGUAGACGGUGCCACUUUGGAUCAAUUUUUAGAAACUUGUAAAUAGGUUUUAUGUUUAGGUACAGCUAUAUUUUAAUUUUCUGUCAAAGAACAGUUUUUUAUCAUGUUUUUAUUGUCUAGUUUUUUUCUUAGUUUAUUAUGAUGCUCUAUUUUUGCAGUAUAUAAAAAUGUUCUAAUGAAAAACUUAAUAAAUUUGAUUUAAUGAAAUUCUUUUUAUGAAAUUCAAGUUAUCACAUUUCAGCUGGAUAAAAAUGAUUUUUUUUUUUUUUUCAAUUUUUUAGUGUCAAAUUUAUUUGAAAUUUUCAAAUGUUUUUAUUGCUUAUUUAUCACAUUUAAGUUGCAAUCUAUCUAUAACAUAUAAUAUAUUUUUUUUAUUGCUUUUCAAAUUAAUUUUAUCAGAUCUUAUGUAAUUUGUGAAGUUAUUUUCUAAUGCAUUGUCAAAAAAAUAUACUAAAAUCAUAUUUAUUUCUUGAUGAAAAUUUUCAUUGUAAAACAUUUUGAUUCACGUUUGUGACUGCUAUUUUAAGUUGAGAAUUGAAUUUUGAAUUUAAAAAAAACAUUUCUUAUUACACGAUACUUCCUUGACUUUCAUUAUAAAUCUUAUAUUUGAAUGUUAUUUUUUGUUCCAACUGUGGCAAAUAAAUGAUACAUUAAAAAUGA